ACCGCAGCGCGCUCCGACCCGGGACGCGGGCAUCUGGGGAUCGAUCGCCAGGGCCCGGCCGCCCCGCUGCCCCCCGCUCGUCCCCCCUGCCUCUGCCCACCCCGCCAGGGAGGGACGGAGGGCCAUGCCUGCCCGGACACUCGCCCCGAUCUGGUGCCUCUCGGCCGCUCUGGGGAUGCUGUGGUCCCCGGCCUCACGGGCGUUCAACCUGGACGUGGACAAACUCACGGUGUACAGCGGCCCCCGGGGCAGCUACUUCGGUUACGCCCUGGACUUCCACAUCCCCGACACCCGCACGGCCAGCAUCUUGGUGGGCGCGCCCAGGGCCAACACCAGCCAGCCAGAUAUCGUGGAGGGGGGAGCCGUGUACUACUGCCCGUGGCCCCUGGCCGGGUCUGCGCCUUGCAAACAGAUUCCGUUUGACACCACCAACAAUAGAAAGAUCAAAGUGAAUGGAACCAAAGAACCCAUAGAGUUUAAGUCCAAUCAAUGGUUUGGAGCAACGGUGAAAGCUCACAAAGGAAAAGUCGUGGCCUGUGCUCCUUUGUAUCACUGGAGAACUCUGAAACCAACACCAGAAAGGGACCCAGUUGGCACUUGCUAUGUAGCAAUUCAGAAUUUCAGCGCAUAUGCAGAAUACUCUCCUUGUAGAAACAGCAAUGUGGAUCCUGAAGGCCAAGGCUACUGCCAAGCAGGAUUUAGUCUGGAUUUUUAUAAGAAUGGAGACCUUGUAGUAGGAGGGCCUGGAAGCUUUUACUGGCAAGGUCAGGUAAUCACUGCCAGUGUUGCAGAUAUCAUUGCAAACUAUUCAUUCAAAGAUAUUUUAAGAAAACUUGCUGGAGAAAAGCAGACAGAAGUGGCUCCUGCUUCCUAUGAUGAUACUUACCUUGGAUACUCAGUUGCUGCUGGGGAAUUUACUGGGGACUCUCAACAAGAAUUGGUUGCUGGAGUUCCCAGAGGAGCACAGAAUUUUGGAUAUGUCUCAAUCAUUAACUCAACAGAUAUGACCUUUAUUCAGAAUUUUACUGGUGAACAGAUGGCAUCUUAUUUUGGAUAUACUGUUGUGGUAUCUGACGUUAACAAUGAUGGAAUGGAUGAUGUAUUGGUCGGCGCGCCUCUCUACAUGGAACGUGAAUUGGAGAGUAGCCCUAGGGAAGUAGGCCAAGUUUACCUCUAUCUGCAAGUGAGUGCCCUCCUCUUCCAAGAUCCUCAGAUCCUCACGGGCACGGAGACCUUCGGGAGGUUCGGCACAGCCGUGGCACACUUGGGGGACCUGAACCAAGAUGGAUUUAAUGAUAUUGCCAUCGGCGCGCCCUUUGCAGGCAAGGAUCAAACAGGCAAAGUGCUCAUUUACAAUGGCAACCAGAACGGCUUACAUGCCAAGCCAUCCCAAGUUCUACAAGGAAAAUGGACUUCACAGACCAUCCCCCCUGCGUUCGUCCCUUCUGGAUUCGGCUUUUCGCUGAGAGGAGAUGCAGACAUAGACAAGAAUGAUUAUCCAGAUUUACUUGUGGGUGCAUUUGGAACAGGAAAAGUUGCUGUUUACAGAGCCAGACCUGUGGUGACUGUAGAUGCCCAACUUCUGCUGAGCCCAAUGAUUAUCAAUCUUGAAAAUAAAACUUGCCAGAUUCCUGAGGUGUUGACGCCUGUGGCCUGCUUAUCUCUAAAAGUCUGUGCAUCUGUCACAGGUCAGAGCCUUUCCAACACAAUAGCCCUGACAGCUGAGGUGCAGUUGGACUCCCUGAAGCAAAAAGGAGCCAUUAAGCGCACACUCUUCCACAACAACCAUCAGCCCCAUCUCAUCUUCCCUCUUGUGAUAAAAGGGCAGAGAUCCCUCCACUGCCAGGAUUUCACUGUUUACCUUCGAGAUGAAACUGAAUUCCGAGAUAAAUUAUCCCCAAUCAACAUCAGUUUGAAUUAUAGUUUGGAUGAAUCAACCUUUAAAGAAGGUUUGGAAGUGAAACCAAUACUGAACCACUACAGAGACAAUGCUGUGACUGAACAGGCUCACAUCCUGGUGGACUGCGGAGAAGACAAUUUGUGUGUUCCUGAUCUGAAGCUAGCGGCUAGACCAGAUAAGCAUCAGAUCAUCAUUGGAGAUGAAAAUCACCUCAUGCUUGUCAUCAAUGCCAGAAAUGAAGGGGAAGGAGCCUAUGAGGCUGAACUCUUCGUCACAAUACCAGAAGAGGCAGAUUAUGUUGGAAUUGAACGCAACAACAAGGUGCUGCGACCACUGAGCUGCGAGUACCGGAUGGACAAUGUGAGCCGGAGGGUGGUGUGUGACCUCGGCAAUCCCAUGGUGGCUGGAACAAAUUAUUCUCUGGGCCUCCGAUUUGCCAUCCCACGUCUUGAGAAAACAAACAUGAGUAUCAGCUUCGAUCUCCAAAUCCGAAGUUCCAACAAGGACAAUCCUGAAAGCAACUUUGUGAGUGUGCAGAUCAACAUCACUGCUAUAGCUCAAGUCGAAAUAAGAGGCGUUUCCCAUCCUCCGCAGAUUGUUCUGCCCAUUCAUAACUGGGUGCCGGAAAUGGAGCCCCGCAAAGAAGAGGAAGUUGGACCGUUGGUGGAACACAUUUAUGAGCUACACAAUAUUGGGCCGAGCGCCAUCAGUGACACUGUCCUGGAGGUGGGCUGGCCAUUCUCCGCGAGGGCUGAGUUUCUUCUCUACAUUUUCCAUCUUCAAACUCUGGGGCCGCUACGAUGUCAAACAAAUCCUGAUAUCAACCCACAGGAUAUCAAGCCCGCCGCCUCCCCCGAGGACACCCCAGAACUCAGCGCCUUCUUGCGAAACUCUACCAUCCCUCAUCUCAUCCGGAAGCGGGAGGUGCCCUCAGCCCCGCUCCACAGACAGAGCCCCGCCAAGGUCCUGAACUGCACAAAUAUCGAGUGUUUGCAAAUCUCUUGUUCAGUGGGACGACUAGGAGGAGGAGAAAGUGCAGUCCUAAAGAUCAGAUCUCGACUCUGGGCCCAUACCUUCCUCCAGAGGAAAAACGACCCCUAUGCUCUUGCGUCUCUAGUGUCCUUUGAAGUUAAGAAGAUGCCUUAUAAAGAUCAGCCAGCAAAACUGCCAGAAGGAGGCAUAGCCAUUAAGACAUCCGUUAUCUGGGCAACCCCAAAUGUUUCCUUCUCCAUCCCAUUAUGGGUCAUCAUACUAGCCAUACUGCUGGGAUUGUUGGUUCUAGCCAUCUUAACCUUAGCUUUGUGGAAGUGUGGAUUCUUUGAUAGAGCAAGACCUCCUCAGGAUGAAAUGGCGGACAAGGAACAGCUGACCAGCAGCAAGACCCCGGAGGCAUAACAGGGGAAAAACAAAAGACCAAAAAUUCAAACACUGGUCCCAUUGAAAGAAAAGGAAGGACAUAAGGGCUGUAUAAUAAAGGCUUUCCUAUACCUGCCAGUGACCUAGGAAGCAAAAGAGCCCCUGACAGGAUCGCAUCAUCAACUCCAUCCAUUGAGGACAUCGCCAUGGAAUCCAGAGAGGCCUGUGGAGAGAGAGAAACCCCCAACAUGAUGGAAAUAAUCAGAUCAGCAAUUAUGGAAGAUUUCUCUGGUUUUUGUCAUUCCAUAUUUGGCAGACAUUUUUGGACUAGAUAUCUGAACUUAGAACUUGCUGUCCAGGUUAAAAGAAAAAAAAAACACAAACCUGAGUUGCAAAGAUGAACUGUCUGAAUUCCUAUAGAAUUUAGAAAGUGAACAAAGACUGAACAACUGUCCAACACUACUGUAUCCAAUGGAAUUUCUGACACCUCCCUAUGGAACAGGAACAUUGGUAACGAUGGAUGAUGACUCAGGGAGACAAAGCAAUAUGUUGUUGGUACUGUGAAAAGUACUUUUGAAAACAACACAGAUAAUUUUGUGUGAGGAUUUUUUAGAAAAAGAUUAUUUAUUUAUUUUCCAUUUGUCUAGAGUUGAGAUUCUCUGCUUGUCCAGAGAACUGGGAAAUUAAGAUUUGGUUCGCUAGUUUUCAACAUCACUCACUUUGUGUCAUGCUAAGGUAGCUACUUUGUGCAGAUAACUUUGUGUUUGAAUAGAGUGUCUUCCAAAUUUAGAUAGUGUCAAGGAGAAACAAAUUAGUAUUAUGUCAGUUUUGUUUGGUACUUUGCUGCCUUCUACCUGGAAUUAGUUUUAUUCAUAUUUUCCAGGAACUCACAUCUGCUCAAUUUAACUUCACAAAACAUUGUAUUUAUAUUUCCUUUUAUAUAUGCAAAAAAUUCAAGGUACUCAAUGCCCAGUGUGAUUUUUAAAAGUCAUUUAAAUUUGUAGAGUUCAUAUAAAAAAACUUAACAAUAUGGUAAACACUCCUUUUAAUAUAUACAACAAGCAACACCAAUAUUUAGCUUGGGAUUAAAUAUCUGUUUUCCUUUCUAUACCCCAUAUUUGUAUACAAGAAAAAAAUGUUAAGCAUAAACAAGAUAGAAAUACAAAGUUAUACAGGUGUGACACAAAACUAUAUUCCUAAAAAUUUUAUUUAGAAUUGCUAACACCAACUUUAUUACUCAUUUUUUACACUAAUCUUUCUAGGAAAUAACCUGGGAAAAUAGAUAAUCUUUUGUUUAAGCUAUUUUUUCAUCAGCUUUAACUCUUGAAAAAUUUGUUAAGGCUCUUGUAAAUAAUCUAUAAUCAUGUUUUAUAUUGCCAUUUUGAAGUAAAAUUGACCAGUCAAAUUUAUAGUCUGCACAAUUUUGUAUCCUUUUUAUAAUGAUGAAAAAUUGCUAUGAAGAAAUGCUGAACAAAAUUGUAUGUGCAAUAUUUUAUAGACAUAUGUAUCUGAGGCAUGUUUACACUGGCAUUAGUUAUUUUUAAAUUAAUAUCCUGAAUAUUAAUUCUGAUAGAAAAACCUGACCCACAUCCUUAAGUUUACAUAGCAGUUGGAAAAAAAUCUGUGUCCCAAUUUCAACAAUCAUGCUUUAUUUGAAAGAUGAGCCAAACUCACAGACACUAAAUUUUAUGCUGUGCCUUUAACCUGGACAGAAGCCAUUUGGCUUCAGCUGCAAAAACCCAUUGGAAAGCAAACCAAAGGCACAUGGAUGAGCACAUUGUUGUAGUUCAUUGUCUGUCUGCUUCUGAAUUAAACCCAUUCUGGAAGUUGUUGACAUGUCUGUCAGGAGCUCAAGUCUAACUUCCAGUGUGUGUUGUCUGAUAGCUGAUGAGCCAUGCACUUGAUUCAAGAGUUUGAGAAUCCCACACUAGCCCCUGAGGACCUUAAGUGUUAGCCCUCUUAGAUAGAACCAGUUGUAUAAGUCAAUGGUCAUCUAUAUGAUAUGAUUUAAGGGAUACUAAAAUGCCUUCUCUACCCUCUAAAAAUGCCCUAACUCUUGUCGUGCCUGUCUUAUGACCAAAAGAUGAGUAACUCAGGAGUUAGAGUCAUAAAAAUGUCCUCCUUACUUCUUGAAAGAACUCAACUCUCAAUUCACUCUUCUGGAGUGAGCUAGAAGUGUCAAGAGACAGAUAGAGCAAAGAAUAAGGGCUUCAAAUGCCAACCACACUCUCAGACAAUAAAGGUUCUUUCUGGAGGUCCCCGCUGUAUAUGGGGCAUUGCAUGGGACAUUACACACAUGCAUAUAGCAGCCCUCUACCCCUUGGAAUGUGGGGGUGAUGGAGGGAGGGAGAAACUUGAGGUCAGUGAUUCGUCCAGAAGCCAUUCCUCUGGCAUUUCUCCCAUCUACACAGAAAACACUGACAAUGCACUGAGUAUGUCAUAACUAUCUUUGCUGAGUUCUUUCAUAAGUCCUAAUGCACUGGGCUCCUUCUCAGAGCCUAUCUGUAUUUCUUUUCCCAGAAUUCCCUUUCCAAUUCUUGCAGCUGAUUUUUAAAACAUGGGGAAAUGGGAGAAUUAAGUUUUAUAAACUUGGAGAAUGUUAUAUAGCAAAUAAAUAAUGUACUAGGCACCCACUGAAAACUUAUACUAGAACUCAAUUCUUGUUUUUAUUUAAAUACAUGUAUAGAGAUCUGUGAAGAUUGUCACAUACCUAUUUACCUGGUCACUAAUAAAAUUAAAAAUUAAAGACA